GGAAUUAGGAUUUCUAAAAGACGCAGGGGUUUAAAGCUAUUUCAAAAGAAUAAGUAAAAAAUAUAAUUGCUUUAAAAUGUUAUGAGCUUAUCUGGAUAAACACAUCAUUUAAUUGAGAAAACUAUGACUACCGCAUAUACACCGAGAACUUCUGAAACAGAAAACGAAGUGUUCAAUGUAAAUUGAUUGACACAAUGAACCAGAAUCAAAACAUGUCAACGAGCCUACUGGACUAUGUCUGCGAUUACUGCAACCGCAUAUUCACCAGGAAAUACAACCUUCAAACCCACAUAGAGAAUCUGCACGUGAACUCCUCCUGCCACUGCGAGGUGUGCGGCAAGAGGUUCGGCACCACCACCGGCUUCCACCUCCAUCUGUCAGCCGGGCACAAUCGUUACGGUCAACCGCUGCCCGAAUGCGACCUCUGCGGCCGGAUCUUCACUAGGAAACAGAACAUAGUCUCGCACAUGAUAACGGUGCACCUCCAAGGCUUAGGAAACGAGAUCCGGUGCCGCUUCUGCAGCAAGACCUUCACGACCGGACGUAAUUUGAAACGGCACGUAAACUUGCUUCACAAUCCGAACGUCGAGUACCCGACUUGCGAUAUCUGCAAGAAAGUGUUCAAAGGAAAACCGUACUUAGUGACUCACAUCCAGAGCAUGCACAAGUCCGAGAGAGAAUCGAUCAAAUGUAACAUGUGCGAUAAAGCUUAUACAAACGAGCGCAACUUGAAGAGGCACGUCGACAUGUUCCAUGGCGUCAAGGGCGAACAUCACUGUGGCUUGUGCCCUAAGGUUUAUUUGUCGAAUCAGAGUCUGAAACGGCAUCUGCGCACCAGACACUUGACCGGCGAGGAGCAGUACCGAUGCGAAUACUGUAACACGGUCUUUAAAGGGAACGAGGAACUGGAAGCUCACGUCCGGUCGCUCCACGCUGGUGAAGUAUCGGAAACGACAGACGAGGAAAGCAGAGUGGAUCGCCGCUGCGAGGACUGCGACCAGACAUUCCCCGCAGAGAAGCUACUGAGGCAACACGUCAAAAACGUGCAUACGUUCAGCGCGUUUUAUAAAUACUGCAAGGAUUCGCUGACGAAACGAGCGGCCGGCGUCCCUAAGGACUUAUACCACUGCGAGUCGUGCCGCGAAGGGUUCAUUACGGUUUACGAAUUGAAAACCCACAUGCGGAUCACGCACGACAUUGAAUACUCAUUGUCGACAUGCAAUGUUUGCUUUGAAAGGUUUUACAGCAAACUAUCGAUGGCCGAGCAUAAGAGGCGUUGCUUGCCGCCGCCAGACGCGAAAGCCUGCUCCUACUGCGAUAAGCUGUUCACGGACGUAACCUCGCUCGAGUUUCACACGCGUAUAUUCCACCCGCAAGCCCGGACCGCGGACCCGGACACGAGACCGGCAAACCGCGACGGUAACUCGUUCAAGUGCGUCCACUGCCACCGGAUUUAUUACAGCGAGCGCUCGCUGAAGCACCACAUUAAGCUGAAGCACAGCACGGACGAGGCGAUGGAGUGCAAGAGCUGCGGGAAGAUAUGCAGCAACAAGUACUAUUUAGCGUCGCACAUGAAGAUCGUUCACAGCACUAACGAUUGGUCGAAAUGCGACUUCUGCGACAAACAGUUCAAAUCGAAAAGGAACAUACGGCGUCACAUUGAAUACACGCACAUGGGCAUGCAGAGGCACAAGUGUAUAGAGUGCGAAACGUUAUUUAAAGAGAAACGAAGCCUAAGGAAGCACGUCAGGUCUAAACACCCAAAUUCCGCGCUGUUCCCUCAGUGCCACAUAUGCUAUAAGCGUUUCGAAUCGGCCAAAUCCUGCAAGAUCCAUUUAAAGCUCCUCCACGCGUUCAAUAUGGACACGUUUCCGUGCCAUCUGUGCUCCGUCUCGUUCGGCAGCGACGAAGCCCUGUCCAUACACCUCAAAACGAAGCACCUCGUCGAAGAUCAGAUUUACAAAUGCGAAGAAUGCAAUCUAGUGUUCAAAGGUCAGGACAAGUUCGACGCUCACAACGAAACGCGUCACGUAAACUCCGCGGAGAGCUCGAAGCAGAAGGUCCUGCCGCGCUGCAUCCUCUGCAUGAAGGAUUUCAGCACGCGCAAAACCCUCAAGCGGCACAUCAAGAAGUUCCACGAGGGUUUCGACGCGGACGACCUGGCCAGUUUCGGGUCGAAACGCCGCGCGUUCAGCGUCGACUGCGAGGACUGUCAGAGCAGCUUCAACGACGACUUCCACUACAGCGUGUACAUGAAGUUAAGGCAUCUACGGGAGUCCGUAGUCUUCGAGUGCGGGAGUUGCGGGAGCUCAUACAAUUCAUUGGAAUUCGCGAUACAGAGGUAUAAAACGGCGAAUGCGGACGCCGCGAAAGGGAAGAUGAUCCUAAGCGAUCUGUGCACGGCUGAAAUGAGCGACGGGGACGCCGACAACCCUGGCUGCGGGUCUGCAUACGAGACCACCGACCCUGGAAUCGCGAACGACGAUGCGAUGUUGGAAUCUCAAGGACUGUGCGCUUAGUGCCAAUUUUUUAACGUUCUCGAUAGCGUAAAAGUUAACUCAUAUUUGUAUGGAACAGGAUCGUUUCCUACGUUUGCCGCUAGGGGCGCUGUUCCAACUGCAUACAAAAUUGGGUUAACUUUUACGCUCGAGAACGUUAAAAAACUCGAGCUAAGCGCACUGGUCGAUAUCGAAACCGAACCGUGAUGCGGAACGUGUUGUUUACGGUCUAAGGCCAGCUUAGUUCCAUGGUUCGUCAGGAGGCCAAGAUCGCCCGAGUUUGCAGUCAUCGGAUG